UAAUCUAUCUAAACUCCCCUUCACUUUGCUGUUUCUUUCACCACCUCUCUAUAUGUACUCUUAAUCUUUUCUCCUCUCUCCGCUACUCCUCUUUCUCUGUCUCCCUCUUUGGCGCUCGCGCGCGAGUACGACCUGACCUAGGCGAAGCGUCUCCAUGUACUUCCGGGUCGCCGGAGCGAAACGGGAAGGUCGGUCGCUCGCUUUUGGUCGGCGAUUACGGUCAGUCGGCUGGUUGGUUGGUUUUGGUUUAGAUUUCGUUCGGGUUUUUCUGUGGUUAGGUUAGGUUUGUUUGUUUGUGUGUGUGAGAGAGAGAGAGAGAGAGUGUCUUGGUUGUGUUGCGUUUUUUUAUCCCCCCUCCUCUUUCUUCUCCUUCCUCUUCUUUUUUCUUCUCCGUUUCUGUGGGAGGAAGGAGGGAAGAAAGAAAGAAAGAGCGAGAGAGGGCCGAAUGAAAGAAGGUGAGGGAAUAGAGACGGCUUAAUGGUUAAUGGUUAAACGUUAACAAAAAGGAAAAAAAAAAAAGAAAACAGAAAAGACAAAGUACGAAGCAGUAAGCCACAUGCGGUUCAUUUAAAAUUAUUAUUACCCAUAGACCUCCUUCACAUCGCUUUGGACGGUUGUUUCUUAUACUUUUUUUGGUCGACAAUGCCUAGAAGAAAACAGAACUGCCCUAAACGUUUGAAAUGUAAGUAUCUUCAUCUGUCCUGUCGUGAUUUAUAACUUUCUGUCUGAAUAUUUACUUCUCAAACAAACACUGGCACAUUUUGGAGCUGUUCUCAGUUAAUUAACGCAUUUCCAUUCUAUAAGCUUCAGAUGAAGAUAACAGCAUGAAACAGAAAUCAAAUGACUCAGUAGAAGGUGACGGAGACAAAGAUCUGGAUGAUGAACAGGACUCUAAUUCACAGUCAAGCCAACCAGACAAUGAAUCCGACUUUGGAUCUCCGCCAGAACAACCAAGCCCUCAAGCCAAAGGUCAGGUGAAAGUGGAAUCGAAAAUACUGACUCCACCGCCACCGCCACCACCACCACCUGUGUGCACCCCUACAAAAGGAUCACCGCUCAGAGACAUGACACCACCAUCUCCACUACGUCGUAGUUCAGUCAUUACAGACAAUUCGUUGUCUGGUCAGUCAUCAGUAACGUUACCACCUCACACCGCUACAGCAACCAUACCGGUGUCAGUUAUCACUCGGACUAUUUCCCAUUCUUCACACAAUCUGACCACAUCGAGACAAAGUGUCCGGGAUCAGUACAAACCCAUCAACGGUCUAUAUCGGUCACUUGGUAGUAGUGUUAGCCAUAGCAGUAACAACAGUACCACGUCCGGUAGUCAUCACACUAGCCAUCACCGUAGCAACAAUGCUCAUUCACAUAUCAUCAACAACACCGCUAACAGCAGCACCAACACCAUGACAUCAAAUACAACUCCAUCCCGAACAACAAACCAUCACAUGACAGCCAGCUCUAGCAGUAAUUCCGACGAACCAUUGGAUUUGUCAAAGAAAACCAAAACCAAAACUCACACAUCACCCCUCUCAGUCUCGAAUGGCAUCAGUGGGGGUUUGUCUUCAAGUUUGAAGAGUCUCCAACAACGGUUUGGCGGUGAUUUCCACAUAAAUGGUACCAAUAUCCGAGUGAACAAAUCCAUCGAAGAUCCAGUAGUUAUCAGUCAGCUUCCAGUCAAUCACUUCAGCACAAGUCACCUGAUCAGUAGCAAUCUGUCCGACUAUAGCAACAAUGUCAACACAGAUGUAGGGUCCAGUCUGAAGGUGAACAGCAACAAUUCGUUGAUGAGUCAAAUGGUGGAGACACCGAGUGACAGCUGCACGGAAGGUGGCAGCGGCAGCAGCCGAUACACAACACACAGGUGCUCUUGUCAGAAGGUAUUUAGCACACUGUAUGACUUGAGUAUCCAUCUUCAAGAGACACAUCACAUACCUCCUGGCAGCAAAGAUGCUAGUCUGAUGGAGUACCCAAAACUUGUACGAGGUCAGGAUAUGUGGCUAAACCAGGAGUCCGAACAGACCAGGCGUAUUCUGCGUUGCAUGCAGUGUGGCGAGUCAUUUAAGACACUUCCUGAGUUGACUUUGCAUAUGAUGCAAACUCAACACUAUACGAAAAUUGUCAGUUCAGAUCAUGGUCGCAGGUCACAUAAAUGCUCCUCUUACUGUGAUCGAGAUCUUGAAAAAGAGUGUAUCUUUAAGUGUAAGGUUUGCCAGGAGACCUACAAUGAUAUGGAAGGUUUAGCAAACCACAUGAUUAUGUCAGGACAUCACAAGAAACAAAUUCUACGUUCUUAUAAUUCCCCAGAAAUCCUGUUACGAGCACGACGGAAGCGUCCCUUCAGCAGCGAGGACAAGCUUGGUCUAGGUGCUAACCCCACUGUUGCAACUUUAUUGGAGUUUAAACGCAAAUGUGUCAGCCACGAGAGCUUAAACAGUCCAAAUGUAAAGUUCACUGAUAUAGUUGCCAAAGAUGAAGAUGGCUAUAUUACUUGUGAGAACUGUGGAAAAUGCAUUGAGAUGCAGGUAUUUGUAGAACAUAUCCGCACAUGUGUACGGCAGCGAUCAGGUGUCAUCGAUGCCCUAAAGAUGAAACUGAACGCUGACGAUGAUCAGCGCCGACAACAGAAAAAGGUUGAAACUCCAAACGCAAACACAGGUUCCAAUAUCAGUAAUCCAGUCCGAAAAACAAGCCCUAAUCGGCCAACAGUUCCUGACAGCACAGAUUAUGAUAUCACCAAAGUAAAAACCGAGCCGAAAGAAGUGGAUGAAAGGUGUGAUAGUUUGAAGGAAGUACCAGUGUGUAGUCCAUCGAAAUUGGAACCAAAAACUGAGAUUAUGGAAAGCUCAACACCUGAAGAGAAAGUAAAUAAUCUGAAAGUGAUACUUCCUCGAGUUUCUGAAGAGGACAGCAACGGUAACAGUAACAACAACACAACAAAUAUCCGUAAAGAAACAGAUAAGGUACACUUAGACAUAAUCGAUCCUGGUUGCAGCGAUACAGGUGGACUUUCAGCACUUCGAGCAAUGGAAUCAUUUAUACAAAAGAGUUUCAAAACUAAAUUUGAUAAGAGUAGUAGUCAUAAAGAAGUGUCCAACAACACCAGCUCUUCAAGCAGCUCGACAACAGCAGUCACCCAAGAAAUUAAACGAGUAACGACACCUGAAAGCCCAUCGUCGAGAUACAUCCAGAUUCCAAGCCAACAGAAACCUAGUCUGCGAAGUAGUUCUUACUUUCCGACUGUGCCUUCGAGCCAGCCUGCUUUGUGCCAGGAAACAAACGACGAAGGUGGCUCGGAGCAAGAAAGUAACGAGUCCUUCAAAACGGCCGGCAAAGAACUACAGUCUUUAUCAGAUAUGUGCGAACAGAUUACAAAGCAAGUGAACACACCAAGUGUAAAAUCCGAAGAGAAGAUUCUGUCCAGUUCCAGUGAUAUCAAUAAAGAAGAGAAUUCCAAGAGCCCCACUGCAAGUGCUGAGAAGAAACUGUGUAAAGAAGCCCUUGAAGAAAAAUACCUUCAGCUGCCGCCAACUACAGAGCCUAGCUCUUCACAUUCCUCUGCUCUCGACUCUUUAAGCAGUUUUGUCUAUGGUCAGCCUAUGACAUGUGAACAUCCCUUAGAUAGCUUACAAAAACUGAUAACAAACACAGAUAGCAUGAAAUUACCCUCAAACGAUAGUCAUCCCUCCAAGUGCCAGACAGUUAUUCCCUCUUCAUCGCCAGAGAUUGCUAUUCCAUUGAAUUUAUCGACAAAAUGUCAAAAAGAUGAAGAUAAGGAAAAAGUUUCUGACCGGGAAGAAUCGUCUGUCUUGGACAAUUCUACUGAUGCUGGCCAUGGGGAUCUAACUUCUCCGGCCAGCGAUUCUGACAGUGGUGAUUAUAAAUGUCCAGCCUGUAGUCGGCAGUGUGCGUCGAAAGGCUCCUGUCGCUACCACCUGAGCCGGUGUCAUUUGUCAUCUGUGAAAAAAUUUAGCAUUCGUGAUCCGUUCAGCAUGAGUCCAUUUGUCUAUCUACCUCUGGAUCAUACGGCUAAGUUUACCAAAUACUAUGAGAUGGCACAUGAACUUGCAAACAAGGGCAGUGUCUCACAUGAACUCACUGCGAAGGGCAAGUAACCACAAUCACAAAUAUUGUGGUAACUCAGCUCUAGAAAUAAAAUAAAAAUGAAAAAAAUAAAAUAAGAUAAAAUAUUAUAAAUACAGAUAUCUAUAUUGACGUGUGAUGGUGUAUGUGUAUAUGUGUGUGCGUGUGUGCAUGUGUGUGUAUAUGUCACCAUAUACGUCUGUGUAUGAUUGUGUACGAGUGUACAUACAUGUAUAUAUAUAUAUGUAUGUGUGUGUAUAUAUGUAUAUAUAUAUAUAAAUGAAUAUACAUAUGUGUAUGGAUGUAUGUAUAUUUACAUGCAUAUAUAUAUCUAUCUAUGUAUGUAUAUAUGUAUAUUAUGACAAUUCAAUGUAUGUUAAUUUGCAUACAAGAAGUGUGUGUAUUACAAUUAUUAUUAUGAUAAUUACUAUUAAUAUAAUUAUAAUUAUUAUAAUUAUUAUUAUUAUAAUUAUUAUUAUGCAAGGAUAUUCUUGUAAUCUUUAUUAUCAUUGAUAUAUAAAUAUCUCCCCAUCCCCUUCUCAUUCCAACACACCAGGAGUUCGCUAUUUUUUCCUCUCUCGUCUUCUUUCAUUGUUUUUUUUUGUUUUUUUUUCCUCUCAAAAUAUUAUAAAAAAAAAAUUCAUUAAAAUUGUUUCACUUUUUUUUCAAA